AUGUCAAUGAGAAGGCACGCGCACAGAUCCCCAGAGAUAGUAUUGGCCAUCCUGCCGACAAACAGUCGUGCCAGAGAUAGUAUUGGCCAUCCUACCAAUAAGACAGGUGCACAGAUCUCCAAUAGUAUUGGCCAUCCUACGUGCGGAUCCCUACGACCAGACAAUCAAUCGCUUCGUCAGGCGCAUCUGUGGGUCGACGACCAGACGAUUAAUUGGUUCGUCAACUUAAGUUGCAAUGACCAGACAAUUAACCGCUUCGUCAACAGAAAUUGGAACGACCAGACAAUCAAUCGGUUCGUCAACUGGAAGAAAUUGCAACGACCAGACAAACAAUCACUUCGUCAACUGAAAAUUGGCCAUCCUGCCAACCAGACAGUUACUGCAAUGCCUGAUAAUAUUCCUCGUACUCAAGUCUGUCGACAAGACUUCAGUGCACUUCAGCUUCUGUGCGGAAGUUGCGCACAAUGGUUCAAAACUGUUGCUGGCCGAACGAAACAUUGUCUUGCUGCACACCCUGUUCCACCAGUAGUGCCUCGGGCCAGUCGCUCCCCAGAACUCAAUUUUGAAAUGGAUGUUGACGAAGGAUGCACUGACUAUGAUAUUGACAUGGGCGAUCCCCCACGCCAACCGUCCCCUCAGCCAAACAUCCACACAGAGUUUUUUGGGCCUGGCAAUCGUCUGUAUAGGAACUACCACAUGGGUCUCGAUGAUGGUAUAUAUCUCCCUCCUGGCGCUCCUCCUCCUCCUCCUGAGAAUGUAGCCUCGGACGACUGGACACCCUUUCAUAGCCGUGCGGAAUUUGAAAUGGCGGAGUUUCUGUACACGCAAAAUCAGAUGUCGGCUGGUCAGAUCAACCGACUGUUGGACUUAUGGGCAUCUACCCUCGCAAAGCACAAUGACAGGCCACCAUUUGCAGAUCACCGCGAUCUUUACGCAGUCAUUGAUAGUUCACCCUUUGGAGACAUAAAAUGGCAAUGUUUCACGGUGGCCUAUGACAGUGAGAGACCCGAAAAUCCCAAGCCCUGGAUGGAUGAUAAGUACGAUGUAUGGUUCCGUGACCCACGUGAGGUGACACGCAACAUGCUUGCCAACUCAGCAUACGCUAAUGAAUUUGACUACCGCCCAUAUCGAGAAUACUCUACGGAGAACGAUCAGCGUCAGUGGAAGGAUUUCAUGUCAGGCGACUGGGCCUGGGACCAGGCAGACAAAAUUGCUAAAGAUCCAAACACGCUCGGCUCGACGUUCGUCCCUAUCAUCCUCGGUAGCGACAAAACAACCGUUUCAGUCGCAAUUAUUGGGUUUCUCGCUAUGCCAAAAACUACAAAGAAACAUGCGGAUGAGCCAACCUUCCGAAAUUUUCGUCGACAAUUAUUUCACUUGUCACUCUCAAAGAUUCUCAGUUCGCUUAAGCCGGGCAUGACGACACCCGAAGUCGCACGUUUUGGAGAUGGUCACUACCGGCGAGUUGUAUAUGGGCUAGGACCUUACAUCACAGACUACGAGGAGCAAGUACUAUUGACGUGUAUUGUUCGUGGUCGGUGUCCUAAAUGUAUGGCACCUCGUGCCAAUCUUGAUCAAGACUUGUUGUGUCGUUGCCGUGACUAUGUAGAGGCGCUUAUUGAAGAAGGUCCCUUGGGUAACUUGUGGAAUGAAGCAGGGAUAGUUCCAGAACUUGUGGGACGCGGCUUCAAGCAAUGGACGGGAGAUGACUCUAAGGCCCUGAUGAAGGUCUAUUUGCCCGCAAUUGAGGGUCAUGUACCUACUGAUAUCGUGCGCGCCUUCCGUGCACUCCUAGAAUUUUGCUACCUCGUUCGCCGCAAUAUCAUCACAGAGGAUGUUCUAGUUGAGAUCGAAGAUGCACUCUCACGGUUUCAUCAUUACCGCGAAAUCUUCAAGACAUCGGCACGAGUUGAAUUCACACGUCGAGGGAUGUUAGCUGGCACCUGCCUCUCAGCAGCUAUGAAUGCCUUAGUUCCUGGAACAAUACCAGCAACAGCAACACCAGCAACAGCAACACCAGCAACAGCAACAACACCCGCAACAGCAACACCAGCAACAGCAACACCAGCAACAGCAACACCUGCAACAGCAACAACACCGGCAACAGCAACAACACCGGCACCUGCACCAGCUGCACCUUUGCGGAUUAGUAUUGAUGGGGACCUCGAAAUCGAUGACGGACCAACCGUUUUACAAGCCUUCGUGCAGCUGGCAAAAACCCCCCAGUGGAAAAAGCGUGCUCAAACUGUCCCUGCACUCGCUGAAGAACUCAGUAUACCUCGCCUUCCCGACCUCCUUGCACAGUUUUUAUUCCAACAAUUACACCCUGACGAUCACCGUGACCCAUGUGAUGUACCUCUCGCGGAAUCCUCGUCACGCUUCUAUGCGCCCAGUGAUUUAAGCAGUAGCGGUGGCAUGCGCACUGAGCACAUCCGCUCUUCUCCAUCCUGGUGCAAUGAGCACUCGCGCUACGACUGUGUUUUUGUAAACACAGACUCCGAUUUACCUGGCAUGCAAGGCCUCGAGGUUGCUCGAGUUCGCACUUUUUUUUCAUUCAAGUAUCGGGGUAAUACAUAUCCCUGCGCCGUGAUACACUGGUUUGACAAGGUUGGCGACACUGCAGACGAAGAUACGGGAAUGUGGAUCGUUAGUCCCGCAGGUGGCACAUCCAAGCACGCUGUCAUUCACGUCGACGCUAUCUAUCGUGCUGCGCAUCUCAUUCCGGUGUAUGGCAUGGAGUUUUUGCCUCAGGGAUUCAAAUGUCACGACUUGUAUGACACAUUUCGAACUUACUACAUGAAUAAGUAUGCUGACCACCAUGCAUUUGAGAUUGCAUUUUGA